AUGGGAUCGCGCAUCGAGACGGCGGCGCGUGCCGGUCCGCCAGCCUCCCGGCAGGACUCCUUCGUCUUCCUCAACGACCUCCAUCCGCCCGUCGUCCGCCGCGCUAACUCUCCCGUCCUCAAGCUCAAUGUCGCUCUCGGGUUCCACGGUCUAGAUGUCCGUCCGUCCUACUCACCAUCGUCUUCAUCUCCCUACGUGCGCCGCACUCGCACCCCCAACCCGCCAUUCAUCCCCGCUCACGAUCGAAGCUCCCUCGGGUACUACCCCCGUACCUCGUACAGCCCAUACCCCACUCUGCAGGACCCAGACUCGCGAACUCUGUUGACUCUGCAUCAUGUCCACCCCAGAAACCACACCGGCGAGCGGCUGUUCACCUGCCACUGCGGUGAGCAGUUCUCGCGCUUCGACAACCUCCGCCAGCACGCGCAGACCGUCCACCCCCCGCAAGCGCACCCAGACCGCGUCGCUGCCGCCGCCGCAUCCACGAACACCGUGCCUGCGAUGGACAUCACGAAGACGGCGUCUAAGUCCUCCCGCCUUUUCACCAGCGCCCCGGCACCAGCACUGGCUACGAGGGCGCAGGCACGCUCUACAACUCCGCCGACACCACUUGCCGUCCACGUCUCUGUCUCACCCACUUCGUCAGAUCCCGCACAUGCAGGCCAGUCCUUUCUUGUCCCCCCGCCUCCUCCUUCAACGUCGCAAAACCGAGAGUAA